AUGUCAGAAGAGGAUGAAAACUUGCAUCGUUUGGCGGGAUCUUCUGGGGAUGCUCCGGGCGGCCUUAUAAUCAAAAAGAAAGAUCCUCCAGCGGAGUUUCAGUUUGCCAAGCCUUCGUUGUUAGGGCUAGAUAAGCUGGCAGCAGCCAAACGUAAGCAGAACCGGCUAAUAUCGUUCCAGGACGAUACGAACGAGGAUGAUGGUGAUGACAAUAAGUCCGAGGCCAGUAGUUCAAAAGAACGUAAAUACAGAAAGCAUAAUGAGGAAACACCAACUUACACCGGUGGUAUAUCAGAGCAAGCACGAGAACGCAUGCUUGAGAGGUUACAAAAAAGAGAAAAAGAAGCAAAAGAGAAAGGUGUACAUCAUUCAACACAAGAAGAAAAGAAAUCACGGUCUAAAGAUGAUGAGGAUGAUCGAUACUACCGUUAUCGCUAUGACAGGAGGGACCGUGAUCGUGAUCGCAGAAGGGAUGAUAGGAGAGACGAUAGAAGGGACAGGGACCGUGAUAAGGAUAGACGUAAAGAUGGAAGAGACUCGGAACGGAGUUAUAGAGACAGUGAUAGGAGAGGAGAAAGUUCUAGAAGGAGUAACUAUGAACCGAGCAUGAAAGUCCUAAAACCAACUGACAAGACAGCCUGGGAUGAUGAUGAUGAUGAUCCCAAGGCUCCUAUACGUAAGUCCAGUUGGGACUUCCCAACUCCACUGACUCGGGACGGUGGUGAUCGGUCACAGAGGAGUGAGAGGAGUGGAAGACCACUGAGGGAUUACAAAGGAAGAUUGUUCGCCAGUUCGAGGCGUGGAGUUGAUAUUGAUGACCCAGAGUGGGAGGAGGCUGAGAAGAAACUGGACCGAGCUUGGUACAAUAUGGGUGAAGGUGAAGCUGACGAGUCAGAUCCUUUUGCUGGAACAUCAGCAGACUACGUAGCUCGCAAAGAAGAACAAAUAGAGAAACGUAGAAACAGGAAGGUCUCCGCUCAGAGACAACAGAUUGACAAGGACAAUGAACUCUGGGAGCGGAACAGAAUGCUCACCAGUGGUAACAUCAUGGGCAUACAGAAAAAGGAGGAGGAGAUGGAGGACGGUCCCACUAAGGACGCUUACAAGUACGCUGAACAUAUGGACAAAGGUGACGAGGUGGGCUACGCGAUUCGUUUCGAAGACUGUUCGUCUGCCAGCACGGUGAUCAAGUACAUGACGGACGGCAUCCUGCUCCGCGAGGGGCUGCGCGAGCCCGACCUGGACCACUACUGCGCCAUCAUCAUGGACGAGGCGCACGAGCGCUCGCUCUCCACAGACAUGCUGUUCGGACUGCUCAGAGAGGUCAAACGUUUAAACAUACACGAGUACAACUCUCACAACAGUCAAUCUGUCACAAUCAACAUUACAUUAUUACCGCGCAUAAACUACACAGAUUAA